CCAACCUCGCUCUCGUUCAGUCUUUCGUCCGUUUGUUAGUUUCUUGUUAAUAAUUGGAAAAUGCUGCCCGCUACUUUCAAACUGUGUGCCGGCAUUUCCUACAGGCAUAUGAGAAAUAUGACAGGUCUAAGGAAGAACGCCAUGGUGGCGAUUCAUCAUGAGCUGAGGAAGCUCUCGGGUCCAGGCCCAAGCACCUGGAUCAACCAUGUCCGCAGGAGAAGCUCCCUGCUCAGCAGCCGGAUCGAAGAGGAACAACCUUACAGUGAGACAGACUUGUGCUACGUGAAGCAGGGACAGGAGGCUUUGCAGAAGUCCAUCAGUAUUCUCAGUGACCAAGACGGUUGGCAGGAAGAGAUAGUGACUCCCACUGGAGAUAAAGUAUUGAGUAAAGUGUUACCAGACAUAGGGAAGGUCUUUAGGUUGGAAGUGCUCCUGGAUCAGCAGCUCGACAACUUGUAUGAGGAACUGGUGGAUAACAUGGAGCAGAUGGGAGAGUGGAACCCCAAUGUCAAGCAGGUCAAGAUCCUCCAGAAGAUCGGUCAGGACACCAUGGUGACCCACGAGGUUGCCGCUGACACCCCUGGGAAUGUGGUCGGGCCAAGGGAUUUUGUGAGCGUGCGUUGUGCCAAAAGAAGAGGCUCCACGUGCUUUCUGGCAGGAAUGUCGACUCAACACUCCGGCAUGCCGGAGCAAAAAGGUUUCGUUAGGGCAGAGAAUGGGCCUACCUGUAUCGUAAUGCGACCAAGCUCAGAAGAGCCAGAGAAGACAAAGUUUACCUGGUUACUCAGUGUAGACCUAAAGGGCUGGAUCCCAAAGACAGUCAUUAAUCGGGUGUUGUCUCAGACUCAGAUGGAUUUUGCAAACCAUCUUCGACACAGGAUGGCAGCCAACACCGGCCUCCAGGAAGCUGUAGCAUGCUGACACAAUGACGGCCAAUCAGCUUUCAGUAUUUAGGCCUAAGCCAAUGGCAAACUGUAAUCAGGGAUAAAGCACCGCCCACUUCACAAUUGCUACGACCUUGGACAACGCACAGUCAAAACGAUUGCAUCAAAGUUUAUUCACCGCAUUUCACUUUAGUCUGUGACUCACCGAUGCUUGUAUUAUUUUCCCACACUGAACUUUUCUGACUGAACACAAUUACCAUUCCUUGUUCACUGAUAGUUGGACUAUGAAGAUACAAAGUUAAAAAAAAAAACUCUCUAAUAAUAUAAACCAUCACAUUUUCCUCAGUGCACAUUUUAUAGUUAUUUCUUUGCCCAGUCGGGUGUGUUAAGAGUUUAAAUCUCAAAUUAUUUAUCACCCUUACUGAUGUAAAACAUCACCUCUGACCUCAUUAUUUUACUCUUUAACUGUCCAUCAUACUGUACUUUAAUCCCUUAUUUGUAAAGUAAAGAAAAAAUAUUUAUUGUAAGUUUAUAUCUUUGCAUCAACCUGAAUGA